UGUAAAUGCCCCACAUCUGUAGUCGGCACGAAUAAUAAAUAUGUGGGAAUUCUGCGUGCAAUAAAUAGGUAGCUCUCUAAAUGUUAGCGUAGGCUCCAAGCAAUUACUGGUUUGCUCACAAGAUUUUCGCAAUGUCUGCACGGGCGCCCUCAUUUUCUACAUGCGUUCCAAUGCAACUCGUUUUGAAGGUCAAGUACAAUGAUACGCUUAGGCGUUUAACAAUAUCUCUGAAGGAGGAUGGUAGCCCAGAUAUAUCUUUGGAGGCAUUGAAGUCCAAAAUUUGCGAGCUCUUCAAAUUCAGGCCUAACACUCAGAUACUGAUUACAUACACAGACGAGGAUGCUGAUGUGGUCACCAUGGUAGAUGACGUGGACUUCCUGGACGCAGUUCGUCAAGGCCUAAAUCCUCUUCGUCUGGAUGUGUCCGUGGCUGCUAACCAACGGCCUAAUCUCAGCAUUCCUUCUGCCACAGGGGAAGAGAGGAACGCAGGAUUGGAUGCCACGUUGGAUGCUCUGAGGAGGUUGUCAGAUCCCACGUGGCAUUUGAGGAGAUUAGCAGAGAUCCCUGCUGUAAUUUCUGUGUUGUCAUGCCCAGAGGUGUCUGGCUUGAUGGAGGGUUUGCUUAGGGUCGGGACAUCUCAGCUGGGGCCACUAUUUGAGAACCUCGCUGCUUCAAACCCUAAUACCAGCAGAACCCCAGGGAAUAAUAUCAACUCCCCAGCUAACUGAUGAGGAAUUGAUUCUCUUUCUGUAAAUAUUUAGGUUUUUAUGGAACGAAAGAGAAUCCUUGCUUGGAAGUUUGAAUAUGUUUCCAUGGUGAUAAAUUUCAAAACAUGUAAGUUGGUUUCAGUUGUGAACUUGACAAAUUAUGAUUUUAUGUACUAAGGGUUUGUAUUUUUUUC